CGGCGCCCCGCCGAUCUAUCCGCGGUGGGUCUGUGUGGGGCGUUCUCAGCUCUACCCACCAGCUCCAGGAAUGGACUGACUUUGUAGCUUCACCACCACUGAAGAAUCCACUCGUUCCUCCACGACUCUCCACGGAUAAACGUUCUGAGUUUAUCUCCAGCUUUGUGUCGUUUUAAUUUAAAGUUAAUUAACAGUCUUUACGACGACACUGAUUUCCAUUUCCCACCACUCGCACGACUUCUUUGUAGCCGUUGGACGGUUCAACUUAAACGAACCCGCAGACAUUUUGUUAUUUCUGAGAAUUAGACCGUUUUUUUUCUACUCCUCCUCUUUACUUUUUCAUCAGCACAGUCGUAGCUGAAAACAAGAGACCUGAGCUGCUUUGAAGGACCGCCACAAGAAAAAGGAAGACACCGUUAUCCUCCGUGUUUCCCUAGCUUAAAGCCAUAAACGGUGACCGUAACGUUUUUUUAUAUUUACACGCGUUGAGUUAGCGUCUGCCGCUCGAGCGUUAAACGCGGAAAGCUUUCAACUGCGAUGGAUCAUUUUGACUGACAGCUUUUGAAGAAUUAGCUAGCUUUAGCUAAAAUCUGCUGGUACGGUUCCUGUUGUCUGACACAUUAAACACGGUGUUGGGACAAGUGCAACUGAAUGGUCUAGCACCAACCAGACAAGGACUAUUUUACUUCGACGUGAAUUACUUAUAUUCGGCUUAAUUAUUUUUUUAGUGGGGUCGCUAGCUACCGUUAGCAUCCUGUGCUAACGCUGGACAGCUCCUGUGCGAGGCAGGCAGAGCUAGCUUUGGACAAAGGACCAACGCAAGGAGAAAUAUAAACACAACGCACUCAGUUGAUUGGUGUUUGGGAAGGAGAGCUACAACAAGGAAUUGACAUGAUGUUUCCACAAUCAAGACACUCAGCUUCAUCGCAGCAGCUGAAAUUCACAACCUCCGACUCCUGUGACAGGAUCAAGGAUGAGUUCCAGUUCCUCCAAGCACAAUACCACAGUUUGAAGCUCGAGUGUGACAAGUUGGCCAGCGAGAAGUCAGAGAUGCAGCGCCAUUAUAUCAUGUAUUACGAGAUGUCCUACGGGCUCAAUAUUGAGAUGCACAAACAGGCUGAGAUAGUGAAGAGAUUGAACGGGAUCUGCGCACAAGUCCUCCCCUACCUGUCUCAGGAGCACCAGCAGCAGGUCCUGGCAGCCAUAGAGCGGGCCAAGCAGGUCACCCCCCCAGAGAUGAACUCCAUCAUAAGGCAGCAGCUCCAGGCUCACCAGCUGUCUCAGCUCCAGGGUCUCGCCCUGCCCAUGACCCCCCUGCCGCUGGGCCUGAGCCAGCCGAGCCUCCCCGCCGUCACCACCUCCUCCGGCCUCUUCUCCCUCUCCUCCCUGCUGGCCUCCCAAGCCCAGAUGGCCAAGGAGGAGAAAGCGUCCCGCGAGGGCGUGGACAGCCACCGCGAGGAGGACGGAGACAAGUCCGAUUAGAGAGGUGUCCCCCAUUCAGCUCUGUUUUUGUCUAGAGACCUGAACACCCAGAUCUGAGCCCCCUUUGGCCUCCAGCCUCUCCCCUGGUCUCUCUCUCUCUCUGACCUUAGCUAACAGGCUUCAGUCCCACCGCUACAGACCCCUAAACUCCUCCUUUUAACGGGAGAGCUUCGGCACCUGCCCCUUAAAUCAGACUAGCGCUGAUCGCUUCAUAUUUACUCCAAUUGUUUCUUUACCGCCAUCACAGCGUCUCCUGUUUCUUCAAAUACUGUCCUUUUUUCUAUGUGAUUAAGUUUCAGUAAUUUUGUGUUUUACCUUUUUAAAUCAAGACUGCUCUCUAUCAUCCUGUCUCCUGUUUCUUUUUGCCUCUCUUCCUCCCACUCUCACACACCUCUUGCCUCUGUUCUAAGCGGGUCCUUGUUAUACUGAACUCAACUCACACUAGGUGUUAAAACAGUAGGAGUCUUUGGCGAGCUGUACAUCUUCAAUCACACAGGAUUCCUCCAAACCCAUGUUUUUCCUAAGAAAUGGGUCUGACAGAUCUGCAGUGGUGAUAUGUGGUUCAGUGCAGUAUGCAUGCAUUCAUUACAGUCCAAACAGUGGACUGUUACAGAUCAGAAGUGUUUAAAAAUGUCCCGCUUAAAGAUGGAAACGUCCCGUACACACACACCAAAAACGGAUGUAUUCAGAAGACAUCUACCGUACAGAAACUAGAGAAAGGAAAUAAACGUCCCACUGAGCGACUCGGAGUACAUAACAAACCCUCUUAAGUAAAUAAACCCCCCCUUGUUAUUGUUGAUCCUCAUCUGACCCUGUGAGGUGCGUUAGAUAUAUCCUCCCAGCACCUCAGCUGAAACCCUUUCUCCGGUGGUUAAAUGAACGGAGAUGCCGCCUGACUCCCACCAACUUUUGCAUUUUUAAUGUGCACUAAUAUUAGCACAGAGGGGGAGUGUGUGUGCAUGGUGUGUGUUUGACAGCAGAGGGCAGUGUGUGUCUUCCGCCUCUCAGAGCAAAAGGAGGACAGGACAAUGACAGAGUGCAGGCCGUGUCACCAGGGACAACGGCUUAUUUAUCCCUCCUGUGUGGACUAACUUAAUAUACAGGGCAAGACUGGUGACAUUAAUCUCUGCAUGCGGUCAGGCCCAGUGUGUCAUGAAGUCUUUGUCUCUCAGCGUGAAACAAACACUACUGGCCCCGUGCUUUAGAUCUCUCGGUACAUUCAGAUUGAAAUACUGUUCAUUUUGAUUCACUGUACACACACACACAUCAACACUACAGAAAAGCUCCAUACAGAGUGGGACAUCUCCACAACUCUUCCUCAGUGCAGAACUCACACAUGAAGCACAAGCGUCCUCCACAGCUGCUCCGCUGAGUAAAAACUCCCAUCAGCCCCACAGGAUCUGUUUUCAAUUAUCUUGUCUGAUUAGGCCCCUCGUCAGGUGGAAGUUGGCCGGGUCUGUCCUGGGAAUAAUGUGAUGUCUGUGAACGAAUCUGUGUUCAAAAUCUUGGUAUCUUCGUAGCGCCCCAAGCAAUUCACAUAUUUGGAACAUGACAUAAAACCACUGCACGUCAAACCUCUGUCUCUAUGCCACAAAAGAAUCCCACAUUCAGGGUCGUAGUUAACACUCAUACAAUAUAAUCCUCAUGUUCACGUCUCAAACUCACACACACAAAGAAACUCCAGAAGGAACCUCCACACUGACUAUUUGUCUGAUCAAACACUCCGUGUGAAGGGAAGAAGAAACACUGGAUUGACAAUAUGGUACUGUUUUUGUUGCGUUUGGGUUAUUCUAAUUUACACGGCAACAUCAUGAAAUGCUUUCACCAUCCCAGACAAAUGUCCACUGUCAAUAUAAAAUGCAGAUUUGGGCUCCAGUGAACUAUUAUUUGAGAUAAAGUGGCCAUAAAACUCAGUCCAAUCUAAGUAACGAUCCAAUCAACAGCUGUGUGUGUGUGGGGGGUUACAAGGGUCUAGUAGCAGCCAAAAUGGCCCCAUUUAAAGUCUUCUUACACAACAUUAGAUGACAUUUAACCCAUUUUUUGGAUUAUUUUGCAAACAUUCAAUUACAGAUUAGCCUCAGUGGUGAUCAGACUGUCGAUCCACAGAUAUUAUUAGGCAUGUUUGUUUUUAAGUGUUAAUUUGAAGACAACCUGUGUUCAAAGCCGUUAUACACACCUGGACCGACACACGCUUUCUCAGCGUCCUCUCUGAUGUUAUGGCUACACUGUGAGAAUGACUUCAUGUGGAGUGUGUUAAAAGCUUUUAUUUUGAAAAAACAUCUUAGGCAUGAUGAUGAUAAAGCACAUGAAGCGAUAGUAUACACAUUGCACGUUACUGCAUUCAGAAUAAAACCCUUCAUGUGUCUACAAGUUCAGAUCAGAUGCUGUCGGUGACUUCUGUGUUGUGGUGUCUGUGUGUGUAAACAGUUGUGCAUGGUUGAUACACACAUGGUUGCUGUCCUACUCAAACUAAAGCUAACCUGCUAUUCUUCUUGCAGCACCUCCCCUCAUAUACAUGUAGACAAAGCAACACACACACACACACUCAAUGCAUGUCAGCGGGGGAGCCAGCAAUGAUUGAUUUCUAGUGGAGACAUUUUUUUUUUUUUUAAAUGAAUGUUUGGUCCACAUUUCCUGUGAUCAAUGCACUUGUUUUUUUCUCCUCUUCUUUGUUUUUUAAAUAUUAAUCGAUAUGAACUAGAACGAGAGUUACAAAGCUGACGUUAUAAACAUACAAAUGAAAUUCUAUGUAUUUGUUAAAGUAGUUGGAGGCGCUCGUCUCCCUAUACAGUUCUACAUAGAAAGCUUUAUGUGUAUAUAGCCACAUCUUUUCCUGUCUGGAUGAUUCUUGUGCUAUUGUGUUACAAAAACUGAUGUGACACCAGGGGGGAAACUGCAGUACGUUCAACCUUUGACCUUUUCCCUCUUCUCUGGACCCUGACCCCCGUAACUCUCCGCCCCCCCCCCCCCAACUUUUUGCCCCAUAGCGUGAAGCAUUGUAAGCGUUUUGAGCUUUGUAAAGGUCUUUUUUUAAAUACUUAUUUUGUGCAUAAUGUAAAACCUGAAAGUGUGUACUUUGGCAAAAAAAAAAAAUGUUUUGUGUCUGAAAUCAUAGCUUCAUUGAAAAAAGAAAAAAAAGAAACUAUAAAAAGUACAACAAACAUUUACUAUAAAUAAUAUGAAAUGUUCUGCAGUAAGGAAGGACUUCUGGUGCCUUACGAAUAAAGUCAAUCAAAUCAUAAAACAA